ACGCAUCGACAGAUGGCAGUGUUGUGGAUUCAUCCUCCUUUUGCCUGACUCUAAGAACCGGAUUUUUUGCACACACGGGAACUCUAGUCACCGAUUCGUGUCGCAAGAUUUUCUGCAUUUUUCUCACUUUACGGAAGAAGUUUGCACUAAUGAAUCCUUUACUUCUCUCUGCCUGCCUGUUUCUGGAACAAUAAAUGAGGAUGUUUGUAAAAAAAAUUGCAACGAAGGACUUAAGCGUUUCGCUAUCCAGCACAGCCCUCGGAAGUUCAAGGCAGAAUACUUUAUUUCUUUCAGCUGUGAGAAUAGAUGUUGCAGUGUAAAAAAAAAAGCGUUUGAACAGAAAGAUGAUUCCGGACUGACGCAGGGAACCAAUUGGAAGAUCAAGCCCUCCUCCCCGUGGCUCCCUGUGGUACAGUCUUGGCUAACCCGCUAUUUAAACGGUGGCUUUGCAACACUCAACACAAAAAGCAACCAGUUUUUCCACGGUGUACGAUCGCGUUCAAGAGAGCAGACCCCAAUCCAUCUUCUCUCAACUAUUGCAACGUUUUUUUUUCCCCCUUCGACUUUCUGGGUUGCUCUUCACACCCCCUUCUCUCUCUGUCUCUCCCCAUCACAUACACUGAGCAAAGCACUGAGCUGCUCCCAAAAAGAUGCGGUCUGUUUCAACCGGUCGAGCUAUCUUAUACUCGGCGUGGGUUUCCCUCGUCCUUGGCAGCACGGUGGAUGUGAGCGUCCUGGUGCUCCUGCCGGUGGAGAACUCCUACCUCUUCUCCAUGAACAGAAUCAAACCUGCCAUCGACUACGCUAUCCAGAACCUGGCUCAGCCCAAGCUCAACUUCAACUUGCGGUACUUGGACUCGGAAUGUGGCAACAAGGCUCUCUUUCAUCUGGUCGACAUGAGCUUGCUGCAGAAACCCGAUGUCAUCAUGGGUCCCGUGUGCGACUACGCGGCGGCGCCGGUCGCAAGGCUGGCUUCCCACUGGAACAUCCCGAUGGUCUCAGCCGGACCCCUGGCAUCUGGCUUCACCCACAAAGUCCCCGAAUACUCGCACCUCACGCGGGUCUCCCCGUCCUACUCCAAGAUGGGCGAUAUGUUUCUGGCCAUGUUCCAGCGCUACAGGUGGAAGCGGGUGUCCCUGGUGUACGCGGAAGAUUUCGAGGAGAGAACCUGCUUCUUCACAGUGGAAGGGGUCCACGUCGCCUUCGUCGAUGCGGACUAUCACAUGCACUCCAUCAGUGUCUUUGACGAGGACGAUCAGUUUGACCACACCUUGCAGGAAAUCCGCGACCAUGCCAGGAUUGUGAUUAUGUGUGCAAGUAGUCACACCAUCCGGAAAAUCAUGCUGGCAGCACAUCGCCAGGGUAUGACCAAUGGAGACUACGUAUUCUUCAACAUUGAACUCUUCAACAGCAGCCUUUACGGUAAUGGCUCGUGGAAGCAAGGAGAUAAAUUUGAUCUUGAAGCCAAACAAGCCUACCAGUCACUGCAGACUGUGACUCUAUUGAGGACGGCAAAGCCCGAGUUUCACAAGUUUGCUGCUGAUAUGAAAAAUAGAUCACGCCACCAGUAUGAGUUGAUAUCCGAAGAUGAUAAUGUAAACAUGUUUGUUGAGGGGUUCCAUGAUGCCAUUGUUCUUUAUGCCAAAGCACUUCAAGACUGUCUGAAGCGGGGUUAUAGUAAAACCAAUGGAUCACUGAUUGUACAGAAGAUGUGGAAUACAACCUUCGAAGGCAUAGCAGGCCAGGUGUCAAUUGACGCCAAUGGAGACAGAUAUGGAGAUUUCUCUGUCAUAGCAAUGACUGACCCUGCGACUGGCACACAGGAGGUUAUUGCUGACUACCAUGGGUUAAAUGCAACCUUUGAACUGAGGCCAAAUGUCAGACUUCCCUGGGCAAAUGGAAUGCCACCUCCGGAUGAACCAAGCUGUGGUUUUUCCAAGGACAAUACUGCCACCUGUAAAUCAUGUGGGCUUGGAGAGUCUGCAGUCACGGGUAUUGUAGUCGGCUCACUGUUGGGAUGUUCACUGCUGCUCGCAUUUUACUUGUUCAGGAAGAAAUACAGGAUAACUGUUGAGAGACGAGCCCCAGUGCACGAAGCUGACAAUGGUAAGCACCACCACUUGCAAGAAGACUCUGUCCGAUCCAAUCUGUCAACAGCUUAAACAGUAGAUCCGAAUCUUCCUUUAUAAACUGUCAAUUGUUGGGGAAAGUUUUGAAUGGUGUCACCGCAAACAAAGAAAAGCUGAUAUGAAAUUAAUUAUUUGAAGCGUAGGGUAUUAAUUUGUCUUAGUUUGUUUUGCUUUUGAAAACUCAGGAAAAAUUCACUAUUAUAUUGCACCACGCCACUGGAGGCUCCAUCUCUGUGAAGCUUAUAAAAUGUGAUUUAGCCUGUUUCAUUAAGGGCAGCAGUGACUCACACUGGCAACUGCAGAGAACUUUCAAAAGAAGAUAUUUUAUAGAUGGUCAUGUGUUCCAAUAUAGAUUUCAUGGGAGCUGUCCCAUUUGCCAGAAAAGGGAAAUAUUUGAAAACUAGAGUUGGUGGUUAAUGUUUGAAGUAUGGUAUUAUAUAUUACUAGUACAUACCAACAGUUGUAAAUUGUAAAAAAAGUCAAGAGUCAAAGAUUGUUUAUUUGUCAUACGCACCAGAUACCAACCUGAGCAAUGAAAUUCUUAUUGGAGCUUAAUAGGAACAUUUAGACGCAACGACGAUAAUAAAUAUACAAUAAAUUAUCGGUUAUUCUAAAUAAAUUAGACCAUGAUAGUGUAAAAGCCAAAGUAUAUAGAGCAACCAUGGUAACACAAAAUCCAUAGUGGUUCGGUGCUGAGGUAGGAUUGGGGUUAGCAUUGUGCAGGAUGGUUCAAGAUGGUUAGGAAGCAGCUGUUCUUGAACCUGGUGCUAAUGAUUCUUUGGCUGGUGUACCUACUUCUCAAUGGGAGCAGUGAGAAGAGAGCAUGGCCAUGAGCAUGGGUCUUUGAUGUUACUAAAUGCCUUUUUGAGAAAUGCUUCCUGUGGAUACCUUUUAUGGUGGUGAGGACAGUACAUGUGAUGGACCUGGCAUUAUCCACCACUUUUUGCAUUUGAAUUUCUGAACUAGGCCAUGAUGCACUAGCCCGAAUGCUCUCCGCUGUACACUUGUAGAUGCGUGAUAGAGUAUUUGGCAACAUGCCGAAUCUCCUCAAACCUAUGAGGAAGUAGAUGCACUAAUGAGUUUCUUUGUGAUUGUAUCAAUGUGCUGGGUCCAGGACAUAUAAUUUGUGAUGCUUGCGCCCAGGAAUUUGAAUUUGCGGACUCUCACCCCGGCCGCCCUGUCAUUUUUUUCUUCCUGAAGUCAACAAUCAGCUCCUUGGUCUUGCUAUCGGUGAGGGCAAGAUUGUUGUUCUGUCAUCACUCAACCAAAUUAUCAAUUUCCCUUAAUUAUCAAUUAUCAAUUUCUCCAGUUUGUGCUUUUAGUCAAGGAGGAGGUGGUAUUUGCCAAUCCAUACUGAUUGAAGUUGAUGAUAAAUGCGCAAAGCAAGGAGCAGAGACCCAGUUCCCUGAGUUUGACAAUGUUUGGAAGAGAUGAUGAUGUUUUCUGUGGUAUAUUCAGUGCUAUUAUUAUGCAAAAAUUACUCUUAUUAAUGCUACUAUGUGAAUGCUUGUUGCACUUAAAUCAAAUUUCUAACUCAGCAAUUCUGAAGGGUUUAUUGAUCUGUUUAUUUUAAUUGGAUGCAUGGUUUUAUUGAAAAAGUGAAAGGAGAAUUUGAUAUAAACAUUAAAAUGUAUCCAAUAUUGUGAAAUAAAUUUCUGCCCUCUGGCAGCAUAAACAUGUGUGCGUAUCCAUUUCACAUGCAAAACAUUGUAAUUAGAGUUUGCAAUUAUUGCUUGCAACAGAGAUUGCCAACUGGACGUGUGCUGUAACAUUUUUUGUCCAACAUGCUUGUCAAAUCUUCAUCAAUAGAAAAAUGAUGAUUGAUUUUAAUCACCCGAGCUCUUCUGCAUUAUUAAUCUAGCAAACUUACUGUGUUUAAUACUUAUAAAAUGGCAACCAGAUCAUUUUUCUUGCACACUAAUUGUUGAAUUUAUUUACCAAGGAUUAUAAACACUUCAGCUUUGCAAACAGUGGUGAAGUUUUAGGAUUCAGUUAUAGUUUUCAUCCUGAACUACAUGGACUGUAAAAUGAAUAUUGACCUGUUUUGACAGUAACAAUUAUGUACCUAUAAAACAUCUGGGAAUAUUGUUUUAAAGGAGUGGAGUGCAAAUAAGUAUAUUUAUUCUAGAAUAAAAUUGUUAACAAAUUAUCAGUAUUUUAAACAAUAUGCCAAAUAAUAUCAUGUAUAUAUUAAAUAAAAUUAAUACAUGUGUGCAGUUGAACAUUUCAGACCUGUAUAGAAAGGUUCUUGAAAAUAAUAUUAUGGUAUUAUACGUUGAUUAUUUAGAUGCUACUAUUUGUAUUUUAGUGGGCACCAAAGAGCUUAAAUCAUAUAAGAAUGAUCCCAGUUGAGCUUGUGUUGUGGAGAGCAGGGAAAUUGAUUGCACAUGAGAUAAAUUUAUAGAUGUUCUUAGCACAGGAAAAAAUAUUGAAUAUAUUAAGUUAAUUGUGCCUUCUAAUCUCUUCAUUAGAUCAUAAUUGCAGUAGUAAAAUUGGUGAUUGUGUGCCAUACAGUACAUAAACAUCUCCUGCCCCAGCAAAUAUCAUUUAUUUAGUGAAGGACUUGGUCAAUUGCUUUUUUUUGGCAAUUUUCUACAAACAAAUGAUAACAUAAUUGCCACAGGAAUACUCUGUACAAGUGUAAAAACUGUACAUCCUAUGCCAGUGUUUUACCAAAUGUCUGAUGGACUAUGUAAUGUGGUUUAUGCCAUCAGAUUAUGGCUUGGAGUUUAUUGCAUAACUUCCAACCCAACUGCAAAAGAAUCAAAACUGGCUUUUAAAAGUGGAAGCUCGUUAUCAAAAAGAAACAUUCAGAUGUCCUCUUACUAUUACAAAUGAGUGGUAUUGAAAUUGAAUUGCGAAUUUGGGGUAUGAACUUUUACAUUAGAUUUUCGUCAAACAAGAUCAUUGUUUUGAAAUGAAAAAAAAAAGUUUAUAUAAUAAAAUUAAGAUUUUUUUUUGCUUUUAUAUUUCUGUCACUUCUGGCAAGUACCACUAGGGACAAUGUUAGCAUGAUGCUAUGAAUGGUCAAUUAUGCUACUGCUGCCAAUGUUCAGACUAUGAGCUGCUGUUUUAAUAUGUAAUUAAAAAUGUAAAGAAUGUGUGCUUUAAGGUUGAGUGAUUUGAGAAUACUGGGGAUAAAAACUGAGAUUUGAUGAAUAUGAUUUUGUGACUGCAAAUAAAAGGUGCCACACAGUAUAAAAGUAAAAUACCGGCAUAAAUUAGAAAUAUCUGCAUAUAAUGUGAUAUUUAUUUAAUGGUUGUGUAGAAUUAAUAUUCAUAACUGUAGAUAGAGUUUUUAAAGUACAUUUUAUUCAAGAUGAGUUGGUCAGUUUUAUAUUAUCUAUACACUGCAUUGUUGCAAUUUUUGUGUCUAUGAAGAUGUGUAAAUGUCCUUGUCAUUGUAAACUGCUUUAUUUUCUGUAAACUGGUAUGUCAUGUCCUUCAUAGAAUAGUAAAUCAAGGCAGAUAUUGGCAAUAAAAUAAUGAACAAUAAAA